AUGGGUUCUUUGGGAGCUCCACAGCCACUGGAGACUUCCAGCGAACGGUGUUGCAAUCUCGAUCUAGAAUGUAUUGUUGGGAGGACCUGCCUCGGCCGUCCGGCUUCAAAACGCACGCAAAGAAAACUUCCUCAAACCCGAAGCCUGGCAAACCCCGAGUCAUUCAAAUAUAAAGACAAUGAAAUACCUGCUGCACUCUCUGGUUUGGAGAUAAAAGAAUAUUUGUUCUCAGACGUUGCUGAAGACGCGGUAACUCCAUUGCAUCCCGGUACCAAUCCCGAAUCAAUUCAGCGACCAGGCAAAGGCAAUGUAUUUCAAUCAAUGACCGAAGCCGGUUCGUUCAUAUCUUUAGUUCUAAGUAAUGACACAGAAUUUGGCAGUAAAAUCACUCAUGCCACGUCAAGCUGGAGUUUGGUCUGGCAUAGAUUCUUUCUUCCAAAGACACCUACUCUAGUAAACCUGAGAAACCGACUAAUCGCAGAGGAAGUCUCUGCUACCAACCCUGCCACAAACCUCCUUUUUGCCCUUCUUUGCUUGACAGCAUUCGAAAUUGCGGAAGGGUUUAUUCGGCAAUAUCCACAAGUAAAGAGCCUUCAACUUGCCGUCUCAUCAUAUGGGCAAGAGUUUCUUUUCUGGCCACCGACCCAUCGCGAUUCUAUCGCUGUCUGCCUUUUCAUUGCAGAUUUUAGACCAGCAGCCUUAGAUACCUCACAAUUUGUUGCAUACCGGACGGUCAAACCUGACUAUCACAUUUGCCGACAGAAUUGCAGAGAGACUUGA